AUGUACACCCUCACUCUCCUUUCAAUCACGCUCAUCGCUGGCCAAGUCGCUGCUUCCUCGGCCCUUUCUGCGCGCCACGCGCACGGUGUCCGCGACGUCCUCCGUCGCGCCUCCAACUCUUCCGUCUCUGGCUUCACAGACAUCCCCUCUGCCUGCACGUCUGCCUGCAAGACCCUCACCGCCGCCCAGAACUGCACCGCGUCCGACCUCGCCUGCUUGUGCAACGAGGACCUGAACCAGGGCGCCUUCACCUGCUAUCAGUGCGUCCUCGGCCAGCUGAGCCCGAACCAGACCCUGCUUGCCGAGGGCCAGCAGAAGCUCUCCGCCUACGAGGCGGCGUGCGCGACGUCGGCUAGCGUCACCCUCAAGUCCCUCACCCUCACCCUCCCCGGCAGCGCGAGCACGUUGGCCCCCGUGGCCAACGCCCAGGGUGCCGCAGACACCGGCGCCGCGGCGGGCCUAUCUGCCGACCGCGCGGCGGUCGCCGCCGUUCUGGGCGCCGCGCUCGCCGCGCUGCUCUAA